AUUUGAUAAUAUAAAAUGGAAAAAGAACGGGAGCACGCAGAGGAUGAGAUGGUGUAUGCCAACCUCAUAACACCAUCUUCGUACACAUUUGAGGAACUACCUCAGUCAGAGUUUUAUCAUUUCUUACUCAAGUGUACUGAGGGGUUGUUUAAAGGGAAGUUUUUUUACAUAAAUACCUCGUCAGAGGGAGAAAUCAUUGGAGGUGGUGACUAUAACAGUCUGACCUUACAUAUCGAGAAAGCUAAUCUAGCUGACAUACAUUGCUCUAUAAAGUUUACAAGUGAAUAUAAGUAUAUCCUGAAUGACCUAGAUUCUCCUGAUGGCACCUGGGUCAAACUGUUCGAUUUGAAUUUAUCUGAAGAAAGCAGAGAAAGAGUUUAUAGGGUUAGUGAUUAUGAGUUCAUCUUUUUGAAUAAUACAAGCAGCUCUGGAGAUUUCUCACAUGAAGAGUCAAGAUCGAGUAAGAGCUCUAAAGCAUCUGAUUCUUACAAACCUCUAAAGAUGGUAAUCAGAAAAAGAGGGGACAAGUCCAGUCAGCAAGUUGUAGAGCUAGAUAAAUAAGACAGCACAUACCAAAUAUGUAUUCGGAUCAUCAUCUAAAGCUGAUUUCCAAUUGGAGGGGAAAUAAGAUUGCCAAAUACCAUUUUGAAAUUCGUUGCACCAAUGAUGGAUACCUGCUAAGAAGCCUGAAUCACAACCUUAGUGAAAGCUACGGGGUUUAUAAGAAGUUAUUCAAAGAUGAAAACCAUAUUAUUCGCCCAGGCCAUGGCAUCAGGAUUGGAGACCUCGAGUUCCAUGUAGAAAGGUUUAACACAGGAAUCGCCAGAGAUAAAGGAGGAAGGCCAUACCUUGAAGACUGUUACGCCUGUAUUCAUGAUUUAUACAUCAACGAUGACUUUUGUGCUACUUAUUAUGCAAUAUUUGACGGGCACGGUGGAGAGGAAUGUGCAGAAUUUCUACGGGAUAACUACCAUUACUAUCUCAGAAAAGCAUUGCUAACAGAAAUAGAGAACAACACAUAUGACAAUGUUAGCGAAACUGUAAAGCAGAGUUUCAUCGAAUCUUGUGCCGUUACCGAUCAAAAAUUUAAGGACACCUUUAAAGAGAGAGCAAAUAAAUGCGGAGCCACAGCUGUGAUCGUCUUAAUAAUUGCUGACAGGAUUUUUUGAGCCAACAUCGGAGAUGCCAGAGCCAUUCUAAGCAGAGAGGGUAAGGCAAUCAAUCUUUCUAAAGAUCAUAAAGUGACCAGAGACGAUGAACAACAGAGAAUUAAAUAACGAUGGAGGAUAUAUAGUGCUUGGACGAGUUCUGGGAAGGCUAGCAAUCACAAGAGCCUUCGGCGACUUUGAAUGCAAGAACAUAGAAAUUCAGAACAAAGAGACUGGGGAAACAGAAAUUAAAAGCUUUGUUCUAUCAGAACCUGAGAUUAGUGAAAUUCAGAUCGAUUCAAGAGACGACGAAUUUAUCCUCCUUGCUUCCGACGGUCUAUUUGAUAGAUACUCCAGUCAAGAAGUUGUUGACACAGUCAACACAAAGAUGUCAAAAUAUCAAUCGUAUGAAAAGAAUCCUCAAAAGGUAGUCCUAGAGUUGAUGAGUGAGACUCUAGGAAAAGGAAUAGGGUCAGACAAUGUUACAAUUCUCCUUGCCUCUAUUAAUGUCUAA